UGUGUUUGCAGAUGUAGUGAAUAAUGUGGGACAUUCCAGUAGUGUUCAGAUCAGGGUCAGAGGGGCCGGACGAGUGGUCACUCUCACUUUUUCUCACUCCCACUGAGUGAAUAACGCAGAUCUGAGAGGAGUGUUCAACAAACCACAACGACCGUCUAACGGGAUUUUACAAUGCAGAACCGAGCACUGAUUCUCGACGCUUCAUUUCGGAUUAACGAAAUACGUCAAAUGUUUAAAGCAACAGCAACGUUGUGUCGAUCCUUUAUGAACCUUCAUUACUUAUUGUGGGUUUCGCUAAUCGCAGCAGGUACGAAUGCUGAAUGUCCUGUUGAGCUCAACCCACAGCGAGUUGUUGUGAAGUACGGCAGCUCUGUUUCAGUGAACUGUAGCACUAAUAUCACACACAAUGGGAUAGGAUGGGAAGCCAGUGUGGGAUCAGUGUCCAAAAAGACAGACCGGAAUCUGAUCACCUGGAGAGUGGCAAGCCUGACACGAUGGGACAUGACAGCUAUGUGCUUUUUGAACUAUGACAGUAAACAAUGUAUAAUUAAUCUUCCUAUCACUAUUUACAAGACUCCAGAUAGCGUAUCCAUCAACACAGUUGAUCACACAGGACCGAUGAUUGAAGGCUCCAGAUAUAAACUUCAGUGUGAUGUUGCGAAUGUGGCUCCAGUUCAGAAUCUCAUUGUGAAAUGGUAUAAAGGAGAAACUCUGAUGCAUAAUGAGACCUUCACAGACCCCAUCAAGACACCAGUGAAUAAAACAUCUAUACUUCAGAUCACUCCAGACAGAAGUGAUGAUGGAGUUCAGUACAGAUGUGAAGCAGAGCUGGAACUGGGAGCAGAAGGACCUCAACCUCCUUCAACAGUGACAUCAGAACAUAUUAACAUCACUGUAUACUUUAAGCCAAUCAUCAAUGAAACCAAACUGCCCUCCACAUUGGGUGUGUUUCGAGGGUAUCCUAAGGUGCUUGUUUGUGAAGCGGAGGGUAAACCUAAACCAGAAAUCAGCUGGAGCAAAAGUAACGGCAUUAGACUGGAAACACCAGAUGGAAAUCUUACUGUAAACGAAUUUGAGAAUGAUGAUUUUUACACGUGCUCUGCAAGCAACUCUGUUGACACGACUACAAGACAAGUAAACUUGGUCAUACACGAUAUUUCCAUCAGUCUGAAUCAUAGUGGACCAGUGAUUGAGUCCCAUCAGUACAGGCUCCAAUGUCACAUUCCUAAUGUGGUUGAGGCUACGAGUGUAAAAUGGUACAAAGAUCAGAGUCUGGUCCAUCAAGAAAAUCUCAUUGGCAUCAGAAAGACUCCUGAACUCACUAUCGUGCCAAACAGAACAGACGAUGGAGCCCAGUACAGAUGUGAAGCAGAGCUGAACGUAGAACCAGCAUCAUCAAAACACAUCAGCAUUCAAGUAUUUUAUGUAUCCAUCACUACUGUAAAUCCCAAUAGACCAAUGAUUGAGUUCCAUCAGUACAGGCUCCAAUGUCACAUUCCUACUGAGGUUGAGGCUACGAGUGUAAAAUGGUACAAAGAUCAGAGUCUGGUCCAUCAAGAAACUCUCAUUGGCAUCAGAAAGACUCCUGAACUCACUAUCGUGCCAAACAGAACAGACGAUGGAGCCCAGUACAGAUGUGAAGCAGAGCUUAACGUAGGAUCAGCAUCAUCAAAACACAUCAGCAUACAAGUAUUUUUUAAACCAACCAUCAAUGGGACCAAUCUUCCCAUUAAAGUGCCUGUGUUUCGAGGCUAUCCUUUGGUGCUUGUGUGUGAAGCAGAGGGUAACCCAAAACCAACGGUCAGCUGGAGCCGCACCAAUUCUGCAGUUAAUGGUGGAAAUCUCACAAUAACAGAGCUAAUAUCCCAGAAUCCCGUCUGCACCGCAAUCAAUUCUGUUGGCUCCACCAGCCGAAAUAUAACAGUUGUCCCAACAGAGGACUAUCUGCCUUUGAUCGCAGGCCUUGUUGCUAUCACAGUGGCGAUCAUCUCAGUUAUCUUUGUCUUCAUCUACUCCAUAUACUACAAAACAGCCAAGAUGGGACAUUAUAGCCUGAAAGAUGCCAAGCCAAGUCCACAAAAUGGAAACAUAGCACAGAAUGGCAAAGACAACCCUCUCCACAUGAAGAAACUCUCUCAGAGCGAUAUCCUUGCUUAUCCUUACCAUAAGCACUUUUGUCUGCUCGUCUUUUACCUGAACACAUACAACAUGCCUCUUCGUUUUUAUGGACUUUCUUAUCUCUCGGCAGUUUUACUGUUAGUGACUCUUACAGGUACAAAUGCUGAAUGUCCUGUUGAGCUCAAACCACAGCGAGCUGUUGUGAAGUACGGCAGCUCUGUUUCAGUGAACUGUAGCACUAAUAUCACACAUAAUGGGAUAGGGUGGGAAGCCAGUGUGGGAUCAGUGCCCAAGAAGACAGGCCAGAAUCUGAUCACCUGGAGAGUGCCGAGCCUGACACGAUGGGACAUAACAGCAGUCUGCUAUAUGAACUAUGCCAGAUCACAAUGUGAAAGAGAUCUUCAUAUCACUAUUUACAAGACUCCAGAUAGCGUAUCCAUCAACACAGUUGAUCACACAGGACCGAUGACUGAAGGCUUCACAUAUAAACUUCAGUGUGAUGUUGUGAAUGUGGCUCCUGUUCAGAAUCUCAUUGUGAAAUGGUAUAAAGGAGAAACUCUGAUGCAUAAUGAGACCUUCACAGAUCCCAUCAAGACACCAGUGAAUAAAACAUCUAUACUUCAGAUCACUGCAGACAGAAGUGAUGAUGGAGUUCAGUACAGAUGUGAAGCAGAGCUGGAACUGGGAGCAGAAGGACCUCAACCUCCUCCAACAGUGACAUCAAAAACUCAGCUCACAGUACAUUAUCUACCAGAACACAAGCUGUUCCAUGACAUCAUCAACACAAACGGUGAAGAGGUCAGUCUGAAUUGUACAGUGGCAGCAAACCCGGCUGCUACCUACAGCUGGAACUCUGAACAUCUGAAAGAGACGAGAACCUCAUCAGUGCUCUCAUCAUCUACAUUGAGUCCAGGAAACUACACGUGCACUGCCAAAAACCUUCUAGGAGAAUCUAGUAAAGUGUUCACCGUCAGAAGAACAGGUGGUCGUGGUACAUUCUGGGCCAUUCUUUUAUCUGGCCUGGGGGUGCUUGCAAUAUUAAUCAUAUCUUACACAAUAUACAAGUGUAAGACGGUAUCUCGGAGUUAUGUCAUUUGAUUGACUUGGUGACCUCAGAGUGGUACGUUUUGAUCAGGGAUACCGAUAACAUAACUUGAAAUUAAUAAUGUGUUAUUAUUGGCUUGAUUUGACUGGCUUUAGAAUCCUCUCAGAGGUAAUGCGGAUGAGGACAGAUGAGUUUUGUACUAAUACUUUGCUUAAAGAAACCACUCGUCCACUCAUGGGACAUGAUUGUACUCAUUAAAAACAUUACUUUGUUCAUUAGAUAGCUGCAUGUUAUUAAGCUUCUUAAGGGUAUUGUGUGCUUUGUACAGACAUGAAAUGGAUUGAUGUAAUAUUCUUAAAUGUCACGUUUGACGUCAUGUGGGAUCUAAACCCAUUUCUUUUUCAUAAAUAUUGUGAAUAAUAGAUACUCACACAUCUGCAUUGACAUUUGUUUGCAUGUAAAAUAACAUUUGGUACUGUAUAAUAUAUAUUUUUGUUUACUAAUUGAUUAUUGUUAAGUAUAUUUGCUUGUUUUCUGACUAAUGAAAAGCUAGGAAUACAGCUGUUCACUACAGGAGAAUGGAGAAGAACUGAAACAGAAUGAGGAAAGCAGAUUUUUACACGAUAAAGAGUGCACAGAAUGUCAGUCAGUGUAGUCGGUCAUACUAAGAAAAAAAUGAAGAGAUGUGUAACGAAUUACUGUAUGCAUUAAUGGACAGCAUUCAAUACAUGCUGCAUCAUGGUGUCUAGUGUUCAUGGCAAACUACUACAGUAUACUGUAAAAUGGUGUGCAGACACACUGUAUAUAAUCUUCGCAAAUAUGUAACAAUUGAAAGUUCAUUUUCAAAGUCUUGUCCAUUUCAUGGCUUAGUAAAUUAAACUUGACACAGUUGAAAUUCAUUUUUAUCAUUUAAAUAAUCUGAUCUUAGUUUCCAUCCUGUAGUUGUUCAACUGCUUUUAAUGGACAUUGCACAUGCAUUGCAAACUUGAUGAAUAAAAUCAUUGCUUUUUUA